CGAUAAGCCAAUGAGGGUUAAGGGGCGGGUGUUAACUUGGUCACGUGGGUGCAACGUUGUAGCAGCAAUAGCAGGGAUGAAGAAAGGGAAUUGGCGUGACAGGGGCAGGGACCGUAGGCGACUCGGUUACCGCUCUGACUGGCAAAGGGACAGGACACAGGAACAAAGGUAUGGCAGCAGUGAAGCAGGCCCCUCCUACAGAGACAGGACCCCAGAGAAUAGGUCUAUUUCUAAUAGUGCAGCCUCCUCCUCCUCCACUGCUCCAGAGCUGCCGGGGUUCUACUUUGACGCUGAGAAGAACCGUUACUUCCGGCUGCUGCCGGGCCACAACAACUGUAACCCUCUGACCAGAGGGCUGCUGCAGGAGAGAGAGCAGGAGAAACACAGGGCCAGGAUGAUCACUGAGGACGAGAGGCCCAGGAAGAAAGCACCAAGAGCAGGCCUGAACUCAGCUCUGUUGCUGCAGAAAAGACACCUGGGUCUGCUACCUGGGAACUCUUACAGUAGGCUGAUCCAUGAGGUGAAGGUGAGUGGGAUGAGACGUCACAGACUGGAGGUCCAGAGCUCUGAAAGCAGCAGUCCCAACACAGACCACUUUAGACUCAUAGUGGGUGACUCUGCAUGUGAGCGAGUGUUCACGGUUAACGACGUGUCUCACGGAGGCUGCAAGUACGGCAUCAUGAACUUCAGAGGCUGCAGCAGGGGCUCCCUGUCCGUCAAGAUGUGUGACAACCUCUACUUUACAAACAGAAAGGUGAACUCUAUCUGCUGGGCCUCCGUCACCCACUCUGACUCACACGUCCUCCUGUGUCUGGUGGGCAUGGCAGAGACUCCUGGCUGUGUCAGUUUACUACCAGCCUCGCUCUUCAGCAACUCCAACCCAGACCAGCCGGGGAUGCUGUGUAGUUUUAAGAUCUCUACAGCCUGGUCCUGUGCCUGGUGUCUCAACCCUCAGGCUGACAAAACAUUUAGCACGGGUCUGUCUCGCAGGGUGAUAGUGACGGACGCAGUGACGGGCAGGAGACAGACCUAUGGCAUCGGCAGUGAUGUGCUGGCACAGCAGUUUGCCCUCAGGGCUCCAGUCCUGUUUAAUGGCUGCAGGUCAGGAGAGAUCUUCAGUAUCGACCUGCGUCAGAGAGGCAGACGGGACCACAGCUGGAAGGCCUGCAGGUUCUCCCAGGACUCUGCUAUCACCUCUGUACGAAUACUACAGGAUGAGAACUACCUACUGGCCGCGGACAUGAUUGGAGAGAUCAAGCUGUGGGAUGUACGAGUAACAAAACCAGUGCGGAAGUACGAGGGUCAUCAUAACCAACACGCCUACUUACCCCUCCACGUCAACGAAGCUGAGGGACUGCUGAUGGCUGUGGGUCAGGACUGCUACACCCGUCUGUGGUCUCUGGGGGACGGCCAGCUCCUGAGGACUAUCCCAUCUCCCCACCCUGCUGGAAAGGACAUGAUCCCCAGCGUGGUCUUCUCUUCUCAGCUAGGAGGCAACAGAGGCCUGCCUGGUCUCCUCAUGGCUGUCAGGCAUGAUCUGUACUACUUCCCUUAUAACAGUGACUACCAGGAGGGAGGAGGAGUAGUGACUGAGGCAGCCUACUAGGGGAGGGCUUGACUGAGGCAGCCUGCUAGGGGAGGGCUUGACUGAGGCAGCCUGCUAGGGGAGGGCUUGACUGAGGCAGCCUGCUAGGGGAGGGCUUGCCUGAGGCAGCCUGCUAGGGGAGGGCUUGCCUGAGGCAGCCUGCUAGGGGAGGGCUUGCCUGAGGCAGCCUGCUAGGGGAGGGCUUGCCUGAGGCAGCCUGCUAGGGGAGGGCUUGCCUGAGGCAGCCUGCUAGGGGAGGGCUUGCCUGAGGCAGCCUGCUAGGGAGGGCUUGCCUGAGGCAGCCUGCUAGGGAGGGCUUGACUGAGGCAGCCUGCUAGGGGAGGGCUUGACUGAGGCAGCCUGCUGGGGGAGGGCUUGACUGAGGCAGCCUGCUGUGGGAGGGCUUGACUGAACCUUUCUUUGCAAAGUAACUGGAAUGAAGGAGACUCUUACUGCCUAAAGUUAUCGGCCUGGAGCUUCAAGACUUCAAGUGGAGAGUUGGGUCUGACCGUAGAGCGUUGGGUCUGACCGUAGAGCUGCGAAGUGGAGAGUUGGGUCUGACCGUGGAGAGCUGCGAAGUGGAGAGUUGGGUCUGACCGUAGAGCUGCGAACUGGAGAGUUGGGUCUGACCGUAGAGCUGCGAAGUGGAGCGUUUGGUCUGACCGUGGAGCUGCGAAGUGGAGAGUUGGGUCUGACCGUGGAGCUGCAGAUGGACUGAUGGAACAUGGAUCCAGGACUCUCUACUAUAUUUGUCUACCAGUGAACCCUGAAUUAUGUCCACAGAAACUGCAAUUCAUCAACUGCUAUUAUUGUAGUUUUUUUUUGUCUUUAUAAUAAUAAUAACGGUAAUUAUUCAUCCGAAACAGAUUUCAAUGAUUGGUUUUUAUAUGAUUCAAAACAAUGUAUUUUAUCCAUGGUGAUUGAAUGGAUGGCUUGGAAUUAUUAAAAAAACAGCAUUGUCAACAGA